AUGGACAACGUCUAUCCCGAAGAGCUCACCUCCACGGGCCGCUGGAGGACCAAGCUCGGGUUGCGCAUCACCGCCGCCGUCCUCUGGAUGAUCGCCCUCAUCCUCCUCGCCAAACCCGCCAGCACGGGAAACUACCUGCCGAUAAUCAUGCUAUGCGCGCCGGCCGGUGCGUCCUUCCUUUGGGACGUCGCAGAGAGCAUUUGCCUGCUCGUGCGCAACAACCGCCGCGGCAUCCACCCGGGCGCCUGCGUCGGCGUCGACCUCAUCCUGCUCCUCGCCUCCAUCAUCGUCAUCGUCAUUACGGGUGUUUUGUGGACCGCGUGGACGAACGAGGAAUACCCGACCGAUCAGAAGGAGGCGGACGAGGUGCGGAGCUUCACCACUGGCGCCCUCGUCCUGGGAGGUUUUGCAACGAUCAUUCGCUUCUGCUUGUUCGUGAUGGCAUGCAUCGAAACGCACAAGUACAACAAGGCCGUCAAGAGGGCAUUCGCUGCCACCGCCAAAGUUCAAGAUGCCUAA